AAUAUUCCAAGCAUCAACCUACAUUAUCAGAAACUAGGAAGGAAACCGGAUGACAUUAACUGAUAAAAUGUCAUCUUCUCAUUAGAAUAAGCGUAAAAUAUUUUACAAUAAUAAAUAAAUAAUAGCAGUCAAUUUACUGGAAUGUGAUCUUGCAUAUGUAAAUUAAUUUUUUAACCAUGUUGCUCAGUUUGUUCAUUUUAUUGAUCUCAGCCUAUGAAGUAAAGCCUUUUGAACCGAGGCAAUCGAUUACGGGAUGUCCAAAACAAUGCGCUUGCAAUGCAGAAUACAUGGCGGAUCUGCCAUUAAUGAAAUGGUUAACAAUACCGAUGAACAAAUACUGGCAACAGAAUGAUUCAAUUUUUGAAAACCAGGUGUGGGAUAACAAUGAAGAAGUUCAAUUACAACAUAAUCCACUGGUACAUGCAGCAUAUUGUGUGUAUCAACAAGACGCCAAAUAUAUCGAUCGAAAUGAAUUCACACCGCACAUAGAAGCCUUAACCAUCUUACACGGACCAGAUUACCUAAACCGAACAAUAGAACACGAACUGUCCAGUUUCCACGAGCUUCUCGCAUUAGAUAUUCAAGGAUAUCAACAACCUUCGACUACUUACUCGGAAAUCUUCCUCAACUACAACGCUUUACUCGAAUUACAAAACUUACAAUACCUCAACAUCCAACACGUACGUCUUGUUCCAAAUCCCAAUUCAACAAGUAAGGAUAUCCCUCAAGCUGCUUACGACUACCUUCAAACCAUCCUCAUGAAACAAACGUCGAGUAAAUCACAAAAUUUAACGUUCAUAAUUCCGGAUGAACCGGAAAUAGUACCUUAUGAAGAAUUCAAAAUGAAAAACGACAUAAUAUCGACAUUUUCGCACCUGACAAAUCUAUUAUUCUUACGAUUGUAUCAUUGCGAAUUAGAAUCCAUCAAAUGGGAGAUGUUCGACGGUCUUCAAAACUUACAAACUCUCUCGUUAGAAAGUAACAAUAUAUCGAGAAUACCGGAGUUCGCAUUCUAUGGGAUGCCUAACCUUAAAAUAUUGAUAUUAUCGCACAACAAAUUGACUAGCAUCAGCACAGAAAGUUUAGCGGGACUGUUCACUUUGGAGCAUUUAGAUUUGACUUAUAAUCAGCUUAGGCAUCUGUCAGAUUAUACUUUCGCACCUCUUCCUGCAUUGUUCAGUUUGGAUAUUCGACACAAUCCUAUCGUUUCUAUUCACAGUAGCACUUUCGAAGUGAUGAAUAUGACAAAGGUGUUGAUUAUUGGAAACGAUAAUGCGGCUUUAUCAAUUCACCGUUCAGCUUUCAACGGUUUAUUUGAGCUAGAAACGCUGGUAAUAACCGGAGUGAAUAUUUCAGCGUUAGAAAAAUCCGCAUUACGGGGAAUGCCUUCGUUGAAGUAUCUGAAAUUCGAAGGUAGAGUGGAAUACAUUUAUUUUGACGCAUUCGCCGAUUCGAUACAGCUUGAAACAGUGGUAUUGAAGAAUUGCUCGUUGAAAUACCUCUCGAUGGACGCUUUCUACGGUUUGGUCAAUUUGAAAACACUCGAUUUAUCUGAUAACAAUUUGGGAAAUUUACCAAUGGGCUUAUUCGAUGGAUUGAAUUCUUUAGCCGAGUUGAUUUUGACGUAUAAUAAAUUAACAACUUUGCCACCGAACAUAUUCGAUAGUUUGGUCAAUAUUCAAAUGAUCAGAUUGGAUAAUAAUCCGUGGCAUUGUACGUGCCAAUUAUCGACAAUACCUUCGCAUGCAGUGAACAGAGUAAAACAGACUAAAAUGGUGGAAAAGUGCAAUUAUCAUUACGAUAAAUCUCCUUGUACAUCCCAACUCGAGGAGUAUUAUGCUUACAGUCCUAAAGUAGUGCCAAAAUGUGCUACGCCUGAAAGGUACUCCGAAUGGAAUUUACUUCACGUUGUGAAUAAAAAAUUGAACUGUCGAAAGCGAGUUAAACAUUCGAAAAAAGAGAAUAAUUCGACUUCGCAAUCCGAUCAAACGGAUCAUAACAAGGAUGCGAUACGAAGAGAAGAAGAAUCGCAGCCCAUGAAGAAUGCAAUAAAUUCUAAAAAACAGAAGCAAAUCGUGCACGAUGAUGGAAUGGAUAAUGGAUUAAUGUUAAAUGCGAAUAAUGCGGAAAAGAAGCUCAAUGAAGUUCAAGAUUUCUGAUGGAAUUCGAUAGGUAUCUACUUAUUUGAGUAGGAAAUAUAAAAAUAUGCUUCAUACUAAGUAGGCACGUGUUGAUUACAAUUUUAUGAUUAUUCAUCUCUGCAUUCUGCCCAUGUACUAAUUAUUAAUACCCUUGUUUCUUUAUUAUUUCUAAAAAAAUUAAAUUAUUUUUCCACUUUCUAAA